GGGACGGGCGGGCGGCCGCCGCUUUCAUCUCGCGCGGGCUCGCUGUCCGGAGCGCGGCCCAGCUGAGGAGAGUCGCGCGGCGCCGCUCUUUCCGCCCGUCGCCGUUUUUCGCCCGCCGUCAUGUCCGCGCCCGCGUCCGGCCCCCUGGGCAGCGAGCUGGCGGAGGCCGUGGCCCAAGCGCGGCUCUUGGUGGUGGGGGCCGGAGGCAUCGGCUGCGAGCUCCUCAAGGACCUGGUGCUCACCGGCUUCAGCAACAUCGACGUGAUUGAUUUGGAUACUAUUGAUGUCAGCAAUCUCAACAGGCAGUUUUUGUUUCAAAAGAAACAUGUUGGAAGAUCAAAAGCGCAGGUUGCCAAGGAAAGCGUGUUACAGUUUUAUCCAGAAGCUAAUAUUAUAGCUUACCAUGAUAGCAUCAUGAACCCUGACUAUAACGUAGAGUUCUUCCGCCAGUUUACGUUGGUUAUGAAUGCUCUGGAUAACAGAGCUGCCCGUAACCAUGUGAACAGGAUGUGUCUGGCUGCUGAUGUUCCUCUUAUCGAGAGCGGAACUGCAGGCUACCUUGGUCAAGUAACAGUUAUUAAGAAGGGAGUGACAGAGUGUUAUGAAUGUCAUCCUAAACCAACUCAGAAGACUUUUCCAGGCUGCACAAUCCGUAACACUCCAUCAGAACCUAUCCAUUGCAUUGUGUGGGCCAAGUAUUUGUUUAAUCAGUUGUUUGGAGAAGAAGAUGCUGAUCAAGAAGUCUCUCCUGACAGAGCUGAUCCUGAAGCUGCCUGGGAGCCAGCAGAAGCAGAAGCCAGAGCACGAGCCUCAAAUGAAGAUGGUGAGAUUAAACGUGUUUCAACUAAGGAGUGGGCUAAAUCAACUGGAUAUGAUCCAGUUAAGCUUUUUACCAAGCUUUUCAAAGAUGACAUUAGAUAUUUGCUAACAAUGGAUAAGCUGUGGAGGAAAAGAAAGCCUCCAGUGCCACUGGAUUGGGCUGAAGUACAAAAUCAAGAGAAAAAUGUACCUGACCAACAAAAUGAAUCCUCCUCAGUUUUGAAAGAUCAGCAGGUUCUCGAUGUCAAGAGCUAUGCACACUUAUUCUCAAAGAGUGUUGAAACCCUGAGACUUCACCUGGCUGAGAAAGGUGAUGGAGCAGAGCUUAUAUGGGAUAAGGAUGACCCUUCUGCAAUGGAUUUUGUCACUUCUGCUGCAAACCUCAGGAUGCAUGUUUUCAGUAUGAAUAUGAAGAGCAGAUUUGAUAUCAAGUCAAUGGCAGGAAAUAUUAUCCCAGCUAUAGCUACUACUAAUGCAAUAAUAGCUGGUCUGAUAGUGUUGGAGGGUUUGAAGAUUUUAUCGGGAAAAAUAGAUCAGUGUAGAACGAUUUUUUUGAACAAGCAGCCAAAUCCCAAAAAGAAGCUGUUGGUUCCUUGUGCUUUGGAUCCACCAAAUCCUAACUGUUACGUAUGUGCAAGUAAGCCAGAAGUGACUGUGAGACUUAAUGUACACAAAGUUACUGUGCUCACACUCCAGGACAAGAUAGUGAAAGAAAAAUUUGCUAUGGUAGCACCGGAUGUACAGAUAGACGAUGGAAAGGGAACUAUUCUUAUCUCUUCAGAAGAAGGAGAAACAGAAGCAAAUAACCACAGGAAAUUAUCAGACUUUGGAAUUCGAAAUGGCACUCGACUACAAGCAGAUGAUUUCCUCCAGGAUUAUACUCUGUUAAUCAAUGUGCUUCAUAGUGAAGACCUAGAAAAAGAUGUAGAAUUUGAAGUUGUGGGUGACACCCCUGAAAAAGUUGGCCCUAAGCCAUCAGAACCAACAGCCAAAAACAUUACCAAUGGUAGCGAUGACGGAGCACAACCUUCAACAUCAACAGCUCCAGAUCAAGAUGAUCUAUUUAUUAUUGAUUCUGAAGAUGAAGGCCAUUCAAGUAAUGCUGAUGAUACAGAAAAUAAGAGCCGCAAGAGAAAACUAGAAGAUAAAGAGUGCAUCAGUACAAAGCGAGUGCGUAUGGAGCAGACAGAAGAGCAAGAUGAAAUUAUAGCUUUAGACUGAACACGCAGAUGUUGUUUGACAAAAUGAUUGAGUUAAUGUAAUGCAGCAACAGCAUAUUAUUUGGGGAUGUGAAAAAUGUCCAGAACUAGACUAAUUGUAAGGCUUUUGUUCUGAGGAAAUACCAAACCAUUGGCUUAAAUAAUUUUUGUCUGUUUCUCUUGAUGAUAAAGCUGUCAUCUCAAUAGAGUCUUCUAGAAGUUUUUCCAUAUUGAAUUCCAUAUAUUAAAUGUAGUAGAAACAUAGUUUUUAAAUACUUGCAGAUAAGUAUUUACUUAAACAGUCAUGAAAAAAAGCAUGUUAUUUUUGUGUAAAUACCUUAUAAGUAUAAUUCAGUAGGACAAAAAAAAACUACUCUGGUUUAGUAAAGGGUCAUCACUUGAUGCCUAGAUUUGUAAGUACCUAAAUUUUUUCUUUUGCUUGAAGAAAAGUAUUUUUAGUCUAGUCCUAAACAUUUUUCAUACUCUGAACAAGGAGAGAAUUCACUAAAGGAAAUUAGUGCCAUGUUUUAACAGUGUUCUUAAACUUUAACUGGCACUGUGUACAUUACUGUAAAACUGUUAAUUUACUCAAGUUUUUCAGCUCGUACUGCCUGGUAUGUCAAUGUAAGAAGCAAAUUUUUUGUGUAUUGUUACAGUUUCUGGUUAUUUAUAUUUGAUGUUUUGUAAACUCAGAUAUUACUACUAUACUGUACAUCUGACGGACCAAAUAAAUGACAUCUGAAGUACUUGCUAUAUAUGCUUGCACAGUCCAAGUGUAUGCUGAUUUAUGGGAUUUUAAAAUGUAUAGCCUUCAAAAAUUACUGUACUAUUUUCAUUUUUCUAAACAUAACCUAGUAGUACAGAACUUAAGCUUCACUUGUUUGAGGUGAAAGGGGAAUUUUUUUAAUAAAACCUUUGUGAAUGUUUUUUUUUCCCUUGGA